AGGACUUGGACCCCGGCCUGGUCUCCCGUCUCCCGGGGAGCGGCGGGAACUGCCAGACUGUUUUCUACAGCAGCUGCACCGUUUUGCAUUCCCAUCAGCUGUGCACGAGGUUCCAGUUUCUGCAGAUUGGAGAACCCGUGAAAGGAGUUGCUGCGAUGGUUUGCUGGGCUCUCAGGAGAGCUGCCCAGGUGCGCGUCCACCUGGCGAGGAAGGCCAGCGGGGUCUGCCGAGGCCCUGAGCAUCAGGCCUCGGGCGCGAGGCCCGCUGCCCCGGAGCCCGCCACCCGAGGAGCCCUCGGGGCCCCGGGCGGCACGGUGGAGCUGCUGGGCAAGUCCUACCCCCAGGAUGGCUACAGCAACCUGUCCCGCAAGGUCCUGUCCAGGGUCGGCAGGAACCUGCACAACCGGCCGCAUCACCCGCUGUGGCUGAUCAAGGAGAGGGUGAAGCAGCACUUCUACGCGCAGUACGUGGGCCGCUCGGGGACGCCUCUCUUCUCUGUCUACGACGACCUCUCCCCGGUGGUCACCACCUGGCAGAACUUCGACAGCCUGCUCGUCCCGGCCGACCACCCCAGCCGGAAGAAGGGCGACAGCUAUUACCUGAACGCGACCCACAUGCUGCGCGCGCACACGUCCGCGCACCAGUGGGACCUGCUGCGCGCGGGGCUAGAUGCCUUCUUGGUGGUGGGCGACGUGUACCGGCGUGACCAGAUCGACGCCCAGCACCACCCUGUGUUCCACCAGCUGGAGGCCGUGCGGCUCUUCUCCCGGCACCAGUUAUUUGCUGGCGUAAAGGAUGGAGAAAACCUGCAGCUUUUCGAACAGAGUUCUCGCUCUGCCCAUAAACAGGAGACACAUACCCUGGAGGCCACGAAGCUUGUAGAGUUUGACCUUAAGCAAACACUUACCAGGCUUAUGACACAUCUUUUUGGAGAUGGGCUGGACAUCAGAUGGGUGGACUGCUACUUUCCUUUUACUCAUCCUUCCUUCGAGAUGGAGAUCAACUUCCACGGGGAAUGGCUGGAAAUUCUUGGCUGUGGGGUGAUGGAACAGCGACUGGUAAAUUCAGCUGGUGCUGAAGAUCAGAUCGGUUGGGCCUUUGGCCUUGGGCUGGAGCGGCUGGCCAUGGUCCUCUACGACAUCCCCGACAUCCGCCUCUUCUGGAGUGAGGAUGAGCGCUUCCUGAAGCAGUUCUGCGUGCAGGACAUCAACCAGAAGGUGAAGUUCCAGCCUCUCAGCAAAUACCCUGCUGUGAUCAACGACAUCUCAUUCUGGUUACCUCGCGAGAAUUACACAGAGAACGAUUUCUAUGACUUAGUCCGAACAAUUGGAGGAGACCUGGUGGAAAAAGUUGAUCUUAUAGACAAGUUUGAACAUCCAAAGACACACAGGACCAGCCACUGCUACCGCAUCACCUACCGCCACAUGGAGCGCACGAUGUCGCAGAGAGAGGUCGGGCGCGUCCACCAGGCCGUGCAGGAGGCGGCCGUGCGGCUGCUGGGCGUCGAGGGCAGGUUUUGAUGUCGCCACCUCCCCGGCCGCGGCCCUCCCAGGGCCCCGGGUUUGCUGAACCAAAGAGAAAAAGAUACUGUUUGUGGGCGGAGGCAUCCGUAAUCUUGUGAUAAAAUGGGUCAGUUUCAGGACUUUCAGAAGAUAAAGGAUUGCUCUUGAGAAGCUGUUGACAUAGCAUGUGUCUUUUAUUUGGGAAAAGUGGGGGGAAGGAGCAAUAAUACGAGAGUUACCUUCUCUUCCUUUUAGAAAUGCUUUGCCCGUUGGCGCGCGGCACAGUUAAUUGGUCCCUGGCUUCUGUUAAAGUGUAAACAGCAGACGUGAUUUCCUACCUGACAGGCUCUUGCCCCCGUGUAAUGAGUGGAGCCACACAGAGGGACACACUCCAGACCGUAGAAGCUUUUCUCAAUCGGCUCCCGUUCCUUUCUCCCUCCUUCUGCUCUGCAAAGGGCAGGCGGCAGACAGCGCGCAGAUGAAAUGCCAGGGAUCCCUCAGAGGUGGAGGGAGUCCCAUCUCUGAGCGCGCAGGGUUUUACUUCCUUUUCACAAAAUGGGGCUUGGAGCCGGGGCUCUGGCCCCAGGAUGUGGACAAAGCUGCCUCCGCCCCCCCACACACACCCCCAGAGGAGAGAGCGCGCCCCGGGGCUGGGUGGCACCCUGCACUCCAGGGCCAGGUCCUUGAAGCCCCGGAGAGUUUGUUUCCUGAUGGAAGGCCUCUGCUUCCGGAGACGACCUUUAUGGAGGAAUACGGGGCUUUGAUGUUCCCCUUUUGCCAUCGCGAGCGCUUUGUGGUCUGCCUGCUUCCCUCCUGGCCAGUUUUCAUAAUCAGAUUCCGUCCCCGGUGUGAUGCUGGAGGCUGAUGGAGGCCCGUGUGAGCUGGGAUAAAUAUUUGAUGAGCGCGGCCAUUAGCAGCCCGCGGCGUGAGGGUGGGCAGCUGCUCCAACAGGAAGGAACGGCUGCAAUGUCAUUUCACCCUCCUACCCAGGCGGACGUGUCCCUUGGAUUUUCAAGGGAAUCGAGAGCUGCAUCCCAGCCUCGCCAAGCUGCUGUCCAGGGUCCUGGGGCCACAGGCGCUGUUCCUGGAGAGGAGGGGUCUAAUGCAUAGCGUGAUUGGGAAUCUCUUCUCCAGGAGCAUUUGCUAGCAGACCAUUCCUGAUCCAGCCUGGGGCUGCAUUUCCAGAGACCCCUUUUAUCCCCAAGACCCCUUAGGCAUUCGCGGAAAUCCUGGCGUAACACCCAGAAGACGUGGCACUGCCCCUCAGCCCACGCCCUGAGCGCGUAUCUGUCAGAUGCCGAGCACUGUGCUAGGGCCUGGGGGCAGCGCUGACAUUCGGGGGGGCUCGCAGAGGGCUUUGCUGAACGUUCCUCUCGACACUCCAUGAGAUGUAGUCAACCUUCCCCUAAAUUUUCCUGUGAGGCCAGAGGAGUCUCGGGCCCUAACCAGGAGCGCACCCGAGCCUGCUGCCUCCCAACGAAGACCCUGUAGCUAGACGGACUCGGGUGCGUUGCCAGGUCUGCGCCUCCCCCCUGCUCCCGGGACCCGUGUUCUGCGAGCCCCCAGCCGCGCGGGCUCGUGCGACCCCUGCCUCCGCUCUGGGUGUUGGCGCUCGUGCCACAGGUGGGCCCGCCCACCAGGGGGCCGAGGGGACAUCCGGCUCUUCACUCUUCUCAUGGGACUCCCGCAGGAGAAUAAAGAGUGAAGAAGAAAAAAAUAGGCCAGAUAAUGGCACCCCUGAGAUGAACAGCACUCUGCAGCUCGGUGACAGACGAGGCCGUAUAAAUAGAGCGUGGUGGCCAACGCCAGUGCCACCCGCCGGGAGGCGCCCUCCCGUCCUUCGUGAGGCCGGGACAGGAAUCUGCCUGCUGCAGAGGCUGCUCAGGUGUAGAACCCGGAACCUAAGAAGCUGCCAGUGACAUCUGCUCUGGCGACGGACAUCGGGAACCGGCUGGGGAAGGGGUGACCCCCGCACAGUGGCUCUCCCUACCCCACGUCUCAGCGGCCACAUGGGGUCCUCUGUCCCCACGUCAGCUGUCCGGUCUCCGUGACGACCGUCAUCGCUUGGACGGUGCUCGGCGGCUGCCAGGCAGGCCCUCCGUACGCAUCCGCAGGGCACAGUAGAGGGAGGACACGUGACGGCGAUGGUGGGGUUGACGGUGGCCGAGCCCCGCCCCCCUGGGUGUCCCGGGCACAGCGCACUGCGUGUGCUCAGCCACCUGAGUCUGGGCCACUGUUCCACGUGCAGUAGAUGAGCCAGGAAAAGGUGGACGGGCCCAGCGUGCCCUCCUUCCAUCCUCACGACCCCGGUGGUCCCGUUCUUCCCUCCACCCUCCAGGAGUGAGAUCAACGUGCUCGGGGAGGUGCCGCAAAGCCAGGGCUGGAGGAGGCCUCUCUGACGUCCAAGCCUGUGCUCUUCACGUUGCCCCCAGCUACGCCCCCUGCACUUGCCCGGGCGCUCGGCCUACGAUAGGCAGGGUGGGGAUUCACUCUGGGCACCGCAAGGCAAAGGGGCCACCGCCGCGCUGCGGACGUCACCACCAGGACAGUGGCAACACCACUGCCCAGCCCUGGGACCCUCUCCACAAGGUGCUGGGGCGUGUGACAUGGGCCCACAGGGCCAGCCGUGGGUUCGGUACCAAAACCGUUGGAAGGUCCUCUAUCAUCUGACGCUUCGAGUGGUCAAUAGAGUUACACUUGCUGCUUCAGGACGGCAGGUCAGAUUCAGGGCCACAGUCAGCUGGAAAGGUCAGCUGCUGAGCGACAGGAAAGUCCAGAACUGAACAAUCUAAGACCCUGCGAGGGUAGUGCGUGCUCCCAGGAGGCUGCGUCCCAGCUCCCAGGAAGGUGGGGCAGCAGGAGGAAAGUUCUUCUUGCCCUCGGUGACCAGUUACUCGAGAUCCUAGUGGCUCUGGUCUCCUAGAUGGGCGUCUACAAAAGCCAACAACAGCAACACACACACCCAAAGCCGGUGCCCUGUUCAAAGGCAGGGGCUACAGACACUUGUACAGGCAGGAGACUGCCCGGCGUGGGCCCCUUGUCUGGCCCAUUCCCAAGUCUGGGGCUGGUCUGGGGCGGGCGGAUCAGGUGCCUCAUGGAGCACUGGACCAGCCUAAACCCGGCUCUGCCAUGGUGAGUCACUUAGCAUCCCUGAGGCUAAACGUUCUCCGCUCUGAGAUGGAGGUGAUGACCCUCUUCUCUGUCCAGGGACCGAGUGUGGACGGCUCAGCAAGGAGGAAGAAGAUUGUGUGUAAAACUCUUAAGCAUCUCAUUUUAGCCUCACACAGACUCUGAAACUUAACCACAGCACGUCCACCUAGGAGCUAAGAACAUGAGGCCAAGGACCAGGCCCAGGGUCCUCCCAUGAGCGGGAAACUGACCUAGGAUUUAAGGCCCGCUCUCUGUAAGACCAAAGCCCGCGGUCUUCCUGCCGUGCCCUGUGUCUGCCAAGAAACGACACAGAUGAGAACACAGUGGCCGUGCCUCGCCCUUUGCAGUCUCAGGUGUGAGAUGGGGGGCGCCCUCCACAGCCUUUGCUCCCCAAGUGCAGGCCCGCACGUGCACAUGUGUUUGUCUAUUCGGACACAAGACUCAAAGAGGGCUUGGCCUGCACGCACUUCCAAAGGACGCGGGGAGACCAGGCCACAUUGAGUUAAACAGGAGACUUCAAGGAGGGCAUGUGAGGCUGGUUAAACUACAAGAAUUGAUCCAAGGAGGAAAUCAGUUUAACCAGUGGGCUCAACACUAAAGCCGCACGUCCCAGCUGUGUCCCGGCUACACCCUGGGCCGUUGGAGCCCUCGGGCAGGACGGGUGCCCAGGGCUGUGUGCCGACCAUGGCCUGCUGGCUGUGUAGUCGCCCUUCUCUCCCAAACAAGAAGGGCUUUCAGGACGCAGGUGUGUGAGACUGGCAUUAUUACAGAGGAAACUUUGAAAUCUAUUUUUAAUGGCUUCGAAUCUAUUGAGUGACUCGUUUGAAGUCAUCUAUAUUUUAUUACUAAUAAGAAACAACUAGGAUGCGAAGCAAGUCAAUGGAAAAAGGAAAGUCUUUCCGACAGGUGUGCUGGAGCAACUGGGUCCCCGUGUAAAUCAACCCCGAUGCCACACGCCACACAAAAAUUAAUUCAAGAUGGAGCCUAAAUAUAGAAGCCCAAACCUUCCUAUCAGGCCUAGAGAAGAGAAUGUAAAGGACUGUCUUUGUGACCUUGGGUGGAGGCCGUGACUGCCUAGAGAGGACACAGAAAGAGCUAGUAAAGAAAAACAAUGAUCAACUGGACUUUUUCAAGAUUUAAAACAUCUGCUCUUUGAAACACGUCAUUAAGAAAAUGAAUAGGGGGACUUCCCAGGCGGCCCAGUGGUUAAGAAUCUGCCCUUCCACUGCAGGGGGCACAGGUUCGAUCCCUGGCCGGGAGCUAAGAUCCUGCAUGCCGCGCGGUGUGGCCAGAAAAGAAAAGAAAAAAAGAAUAGACAAACCACAGACUGGGAGGAAAUAUCGUGACACG